AUGACGAAUGGUAAGAGUGAUGAAAAGCAAGUGCACAAUUCAACAACGAAGGAUGAACAACAACAUGGUAAGCCUAUAGUAGAAGAUUGCGAUGGAAAGGGAUCCUACAAUUCCAAGUUUAAUUUGAACAUAGAUAUAAGUAACAUCCAUGGAGAAAAUAAUACUGCGAAUAUUUCAGACAGACGAGAAUCACAUUAUGGAUGUAGCUGUGCAUGUAGUCCUCAAAGAGACAUCCAUGGGAGAAACGAUAGCAAAGAAGGUGGUGAAUGUGAUCAUGAUACAGCUGAUAUUUUGAAUGAUGAAGAAGAAAGACAUUUUUGUAAUGUUUGUUUUUCUUUUUUGUAUUAUAAAAAAUAUUGCUUUUAUGAACUCCUAAGAAUAUACAGAAACUUCUCAUCACUUACUGAGGCAGAAAAGAGCCUCCUUACUGAAUCCAUUUAUUGCAAGUUAUAUAAAAUGUACAUUUCUGUUUUAAAUAAUUACUUUUUCAUUUUCAACAUUUUAUUACCUCAAAUAUCUACACACAUAAUUCUGCACCUGUUGGCUCACACAGCUCAUCAGGAGGAUGUUGCCACAUUGGACGAUUCAUCCGGUGAAGUGAGCGAGUCUAGUGAAGUGAGCGAUCCUAGUGAAAUGAGUGCAAAUGAAGUAAAUGACAAAAUCGGUGGAGUGUGUGAAGGACGAGGAUAUGAUCAGAAUUGCAGAUCCACCCAGAGAGCUAGCGCUACAGGGGUGAAAGAAAGAAACCAAGAGAUGAAGCAGAAGAAACGAAAAAUAAGAAAAAUUCCUAGAGAAGAAUACACCAUCAAUGAAAUAAUAAAGAACUUAACAGAGGAGGAAAAGAAAAAUAUAGACAAAGAAUAUAAUUAUCAUAACUUAGAUGCAAGAGUAUUAUGUAAAGACAAUCCAUUAAUUAUACUGAAAGAAAUAAGAUCCAAGUUGAUGAACACGAAAGAAGAUGAUUACAUUUCGAAGGAACUACAAUUGAAACUAGAGCAGUCAGAGCCAAAUGAUGAUUUCCAAAAUAUUGAUUAUUUGAACUGGGACCAAAACAGCUAUAAGAACGAAAUAGAUAAAAACCAAUUGAGCCAUUCAUGCUUGUCUUCUCUUACAGAUGGGGAUGAGAAGACAAGUGAUAGUGAAAGAACUGGAGAACCGAUGUGUGAUAAAGAACACAUUAGUGUGCAAGCGCAAAAUGUUGAACAUGUGAAACACGAUGAACAAACAAAAGAGGAAAAAAAAAAAAAAAAAAAAAAAGUUGCAGAUCACUACAACAGACAGUGCUAUAAUAUGUCAGCUGAAUCAGAUGCUACUAUAAACACCCCUAAUGAAAAAGGAUUGUUGGAAGAGGACUGUGCCUGGUAUGAUACUCCUAGUGGUGGAAGAGGCUCCAGAGUUUAUGAAGAACAUAAAUGUGAAUGCACAUGUAAGCAGGGAGAAACAUGUGUGUGUUAUGAUAAGGAUGGAAUCUGUAAAUGUUCAAUUCAUAGAGAAGAUUACAUAGAAGACUAUCGCAAGGAAAUGAGCGAAUAUGCAUUCCCCAAUUUGGAUGGCAUAAAGGGAGAAGCAAGACUGGGAGAAUGGAGAUCAAGCAAGAUGAAAAGCGAUGAAAAUGGAAAAAUAGAUGCAACUAACCAAGUCAACACAAAUCAGCUGAAUGCAAGCUCACGCAGAGGAGAACACAUCCCACCAGGAAAUAGAAUUACCAAUGCAUAUAGCCCCAGCCUAGACGAAUACAACUUAUUACAGAAUAUGAGCAAAGUGAGAAGUACCCUGAGGCAAUUCGUUCGAGAUUGGUCACUAGAAGGAAAGCAUGAAAGAGAUGGUGCAUAUGAACCCAUAUUGAAAAGUUUAGAAAAGUAUCUACCCAUAACAGAUACAUAUGUACCAAAAAUAUUAUGUCCAGGAUCAGGAUUGGGUAGACUUCCAUACGAGGUUGCGAAAAAAGGAUACAGAAGUCAAGGAAAUGAAUUUUCUUAUUUUAUGCUUCUGGCAUCUAACUUCAUUUUGAACUAUUAUAAUGAAAAGGAUUCAUUAAAAAUUCAGCCAUAUUGCCUUAACACAUUAAAUAAAAAAGGAAGAGAUGAUCAUUUAAAAAUUAUCACUUUACCAGAUAUCAAUACAUAUAACAAAGCUAUUUUGAACACUGAAUUUUCUAUGUGUGCAGGUGAAUUAAUCGAAGUUUAUUAUAACGAAAAAGAAUCUUUUGAUGGGGUUCUGACAUGCUUUUUUAUGGAUACUGCUAAAAAUAUUUUUACAUAUAUUCGCACCUUUGCGAAUAUAUUGAAACCCAAUUCGUUAUGGUGUAAUAUCGGUCCUCUUCUCUACCACUAUUCAGAAAUGACUAAUGAAAUGUCCAUCGAAUUAUCUUGGGACGAAAUUAAAUUAAUCAUUUCAAAAUGGUUUACCUUUGUAGAAAUUGAAUGGAUUGACAACUACUACACGACCAAUAUGGAUUCAAUGAUGCAAGUGCAAUAUCAUUGCGUUUUUUUCAGUGCACUAAGAAAUGAUGUGCCCGUGGAUGAUGGUGCUUGA